UUGUCUCUGAAUUUUAUUUUCUAGUUGUGUAUGUAUGCAAUUUGACAUCUGAAACUUGGAAGUUUUUUUUAUUUUUCUUGGAUUUUUUCAGAUCUUAAAUGAGAUGUGUCACCAAUUUUCAGUUGGCAUGCAGGUUUGCUGUCUUUAUCUGCCAUCUGCUAUUUUUGUCUAAUCUUUGUCCUGCUCAUUUGGAUCGUGGUGGAGGCUGGUGGAGCUAGCAAUGAGACCGAUUCGAUCCUCGCCAAGUCGGGACUCCGGACCAUUCAUGUUGGAUUCGAGCAGUGGAUGCCGAAUUCUUGGGAGGGUCGUCAUCGAUUGGAGGCUCGGAUGAGGCUUUGUGCAUUGAGGUAUGUUAGCAGCGAAGUUUUAACGAUCAGGUUGCGUUCUAGGCCUAAUAUCUGUGCUGUUGCUCUGCUAUGAAAUAUUAGGGGUUGGAGAUUGAAGGGGAGUUGCCUGAGAAAAAGACUUGUUAUGAAGGAGUAUUUUAUAAUUACUUUAGCAUAGGAAUGGAUGCUCAGGUGGCUUACGGCUUUCAUCAUUUACGUAAUGAGAAACCUUACCUGGCACAAGGACCAAUUUCUAAUAAGCUGAUCUAUUCUGGUUAUAGUUGCGAUCAAGGUUGGUUCUUUACACCAUGUACAAGUGAUCCACGAUUAAGGGGACUAACAAAUAUUUUAAGGUUGCAUGUCAAAAAGGUCAAUUGCUCAGAAUGGGAGCAAAUUACUGUUCCGUCAAGUGUAAGAGCUAUUGUUGCUUUAAAUCUUCAUAACUAUGGAAGUGGACGACAUCCCUGGGGUAAUCUGAAGCCAGAUUAUUUGGAAAAGAAAAAGUUUGUUGAGGCCCAUGCUGAUGAUGGUCUUCUAGAAAUUUUUGGCCUUAAGCACGGAUGGCAUGCAUCAUUUGUUAUGGUCGAACUCAUCUCUGCCAAGCACAUUUCGCAGGUAUAUUGAGAUGAUUUCUUUGGAGCAAUUCUUGACAACAUUUGUAGUUGAGGCCUUUAGAAUGGAAGAAUGUAUUUCACUAAUUUUUGUAUACAUUUCUUGUUUUGUAUUUAGUGAUAAAGGAAUCAGAAUUGGGCAUAAAUUAUGUUGUAGUAUGAUUUCUUAAGCUUAGACUAGUAGACUAAAUAUUGUAAUUACAUUUGAGUAAUUAAUAAAAAUCUAUUUAUGUUA